AUGUGUGGGCAGACAGCACGACAGCAGCAGCGCAUAGAUGUAAUGUCUGGUGAGACGGUGGAGGAUCCUAGUCAGGAACAAACCCACAGUACUGGGGACCUCUUAGCGGCUGACAUGCUGGAUACAAACACAUUGCGAUCGGGAACGGAUGCUCAAGAAGUCUUCGAUGAUGAAGACCCGCUACUGGCGUUACUGAGAACACAAAGUGACCCAGAGGCAAACACCGACUUACCACACUCCACAACAGCUCACAAGGGUGAUGAAUCUCCGAGGAAGCCAAGAAUAUCCUGGCCGAAAACGUCAGACAAGAAAGCAUGGAAAGACCUGGAUGAUGACCUUAAUCCAAUACUGGAGACAGCACUCCAAGGAGCAGUUGAGAGAAAGCUGGUUGCUUUAACCAACCUUGUCUACACAGUUGGGAAAGAAAGAUUCGGUCUGACUAUCCAGAAAACCACCAAGAAACCUGUACAGAUGAAUAGAAGGCAGCGACAGAUAAAGGGCAUCAGGAGUGAACUGAAGGUUUUGCGAAGGAGAUAUAGGCAUGCCAGGGAAGAAGAAAAGCCAGGGCUGAAGCAGUUAAGAGACAGCCAGAGGGAACAACUUUUAAACCUAUGCAAGGCAGAACAACUUCGUGAGAAAAGAAGGAAAAAGGCCAAACGUCGUGCUGAGUUCAUUGCAAAUCCAUUCAAGUUCUCUAAUAACCUGCUAGACAAAGAGAAAUCGGGCAAGCUAGAGAGCAGCAUAGAAGAAAUUACACAGUUCCUAACUGAAACGCACUCUGAUGAUAUCCAAGACGUACCGUUAGGCAACUGCCAGAGAAUAGAACCAGUACCAGAACCCACAACACCUCUAGACACCAAGGAACCUACGCUGAAAGAGGUUUCAGAAGUAGUUCAAAAGGCAAGAGCAGGGUCGGCCCCAGGACCAAAUGGUAUCCCUUACAAGGUGUAUAAGAUGUGCCCUAAACUUCUUCGACGCUUAUGGAAUCUUCUGAAAGUGGUUUGGAGGAAAGGUAAAGUUCCAGAUUGUUGGCAACAGGCAGAAGGAAUAUUUACACCAAAGGAAAAGGAUUCGAAGACCGUCACCCAAUUCAGAACCAUUUCCUUACUGAACGUUGAGGGGAAAAUCUUCUUUGCUGUGCUGGCCAAGAGAAUGACGCAGUAUCUAACAUCAAACCAAUACAUUGAUACCUCAGUGCAAAAGGGAGGCGUCCCAGGGUUCUCUGGAUGUGUGGAACAUACAAGCGCCCUCAGUCAGAUCAUCAGGGAAGCAAAGGUUAACCAAAAAGACCUCACUGUUGUCUGGCUUGACCUUGCCAAUGCGUAUGGCUCCAUACCACACAAGCUAAUUGAGACCGCACUGAAGCACUACCACAUCCCAGACCAUGUGCAACAGAUUAUCAAUGGGUACUUCAGUAACAUACAACUACGGUUUGCUGUAGGAGAACAGUCAACACCUUGGAUAAGGCUCGAGAAAGGAAUAGUAACAGGCUGCACUAUUUCAGUCGUGUUAUUCGUGAUGGGAAUGAACUUAAUUAUCAAUGCUGCAAAGAGGGAAACCAGAGGACCAAAGACAACCUCCGGGAUAUACCUCCCAUCCAAUAGAGGUUUUAUGGAUGACCUCACGGUAACUACAACGACACACGUGCAAGCUCGUUGGGUUCUUAGAGCAUUGAAUGAGACAGUGACUUGGGCAAGAAUGAAGUUCAAACCAAAGAAAUCGAGGAGCUUGGUAAUCAAGAAGGGAAAGGUUACUCAAAGGUUCACCCUCCAGGUACAGAGCGAAGACAUACCAUCCAUAGUAGACAAUCCUAUCAAAUGCCUAGGAAAAUGGUACGAUGCCAGCCUUAAUGACACAAGCAGCACAAACCGCACCAAGAACCAACUCCAAGAAGGUCUGAAGCAGAUAGACCAGACAUCACUUCCUGGGAAAUUCAAGGCAUGA